AUGAGCGAGAGUAGACCUCAUGACGACGAAUCAGAUGCUUCCAGUUGGCACCAAUCUCUCACCAGGCGAAGCCGCGUCCCAUUUGCAGCUCUGCACCCGCGCCCGGAAAAUCCCAAGGGCGAUCCAGAUGCGAUACAGCUGUUUUGGUUUGGCUUCAUUGGCAUGCCAUGGCUUUGGCUCCUCGGCGGGUGGUGUCUUAAUGACCAUGGUGCGCUAUUAUCGCCUUGGUCGCCCCCUUCGUUUGCCGCAUAUCGAGCAGGGCUGCACCCCUAUGGUCCACCAUUUGCACUCUCGCUCCAUGCAAAGAACAGGCUUCUACAGCGGAUCUCUCCCCACACUAUCAGUCCACUCACAAAAGAUCCUGUGGUCUUUGGAGAUGACCACCGUGUGUAUCUUUCCUCCAUCGCUACGAUGCCCGAGAGCGAAGGACCCGCGGACGCGCUGCUGUGUCUCAGGGCCGCAGUGUCGGCUGAUCCAGAAGAUCCCAUGGCGCUUGUGAGGCUUCGAGAUUCCAGCGGGAAUGAUCUGGAUGGAAUUCAGGGAGCUACCUCCGUUACUUUCUUGUCGAAGGAGUCGAAGGCUCCAGUGCAAACAUUCGAUGUGCAUGUACCAGCACGUAUGCUGCGUAGCCGCGAGCUUUCAUCAAGAGAGGGAGGAGCUCCCAAAAUCGAUUUAGAGCCUGAUGCCUUUUUCCCGCUCAGUGCCCUUCUUUUUGCGAUUUUGCAACGCAAUGAACGUGCGGGUUCAUACCUCCGCAACGCGACCACAGCCCAGAUUGUGCCGAUAUCUGCACUAGAGCGUGCUCCUAUUCUUGAAUACCUCACGGGAAAGCGCAAUGCCUGGGAUGGCAUCGUUUCGCCCACUGAUGUCGCUGACAGCGGCGCUACAGCGCCGUCGGACACUGCAGCGCCAGCAGCUCUAACAAAGGACGACGCCGCUGAGCGACCGGUCACCUCAAAACGCACUUUUCAACCUGAUGCAGCCGAUGCGGAGUUUGUUCGACAUCUGCGCUCCAAGUAUGAGCUAGUGCUGCUUAGUCGUGACGACGCUCUGCGAGGAUCUAUGACGGCCGAUACGGACGAUGGUACGACAGGCGCGCGGGCUGGCGGCGACCUGCUUGGACUACGAGCCAUGAUGGCACCACGCAUCGAAGCCGCAAAGAAACGCUCGGUCUCAUCUAACAAGUCAUCCACAUCCUCCUCUCGUUCAGCCCCGUCCGCAAUCAACCCUGCUCGGAAGUCUCGAGCACAGGACCCUAUUAUAUUGCUUUCUAACUCUCCAACUGCCCUGGUUAAUAUGUUCAAUGUGAAAGCACUGCUGCAGGACGGCGUGUUUAUUCCACCUGAGGAGGCUCGCCAACAGGCUGGCGGCAUCCCCGAGCUUGUCGUAACGAUCCGAGCACCUUCAUCGGAUGAGCCAACGUCUGGACAAGGCGUGUCACUAUCCCGCCGCAUCCUUGUGGUAGACAGCGCUGAAGCUGUCAACCGACUGGGCAGUGGGGCGCCUGGGAGCGAUCAGGACCCUUGGUCCCGUGUUAUUUGUGUCUUUACUACGGGUCAAUCCUGGCAGUUCAAGUCGUAUCGUUGGUCGGACCCACGCGAUCUUUUCCGAAAUGGUACGUAUUUGCCUGGCUGA